AAAUUCGCGCCUUGCUUUCUCCUCGUUCAGCACCUGUGACGCAGGAUUUUGUUUACCAUCUAAAGGUGUAAUCUUGCAAUGAGUCAUAGUGAGGAGACAGGGGACGGGGUCCAUUCUUCUGAAACCCCUCUGCACGGGGAACAAGACAGCCAGACCGAAGCUCAGAGCUUAGAGCAGCAGAGACCAGACUGUCCAGGACUCAGUAUGCCUGUGGAGAAAGACAGUUCAGAUAACGGCAGCAGUGAAUCUAGUGUGCCCAAGAGUCAUAUGCCACAAGGUGACAUCAAUAAUCGCACAAAACGACGCUCCUCACGCAAGAGGAGAAGUACAGAAAGCAAAGAUCCCUCAACAUCCAGGACACCUGGCAAGCCUUUAAAUUCAAGAAAUCGCAACCUUGAUUUUAAAGAGAGAGUGUCGCCUAUCAGGACGAGUACACAAUGUGGAGAGUCCUCUGACUCUGGUGCGUCCUUCAAGAGUGAUAUGUCAAAAGACGACAUCAUUAAUUUCAAAGAAAGACGAUCCUCUCUCAGAGCCCGUCUGAAAUGCACAGCUUCCACUGGAUCCAGCAGUAAUCAUUCACAAGGUCGCAUCAAUGCAAAAGAAAGACAUUCCACUCUUCAAAAAAGCCCAAUGACCAGUGGGGGAAAAAGGUCAAGUUGGACACUGCGGAAAAGGCCCAGGAAGUUUGUUGUCUGAGGUUGGAUGGAAACAUCGUUGAGGCACCUGCCAGUAUUCCUUUCUUCUGAUCAGGCAUCAUCGUGGCUGCUUCCACUCAUCAUAAUCCUGUUUAGCAUUCUUGAGGAAAGUUCUCUUUAAACUACAACAAUUCAAUCAAUUUAAACACCAAUAAUGAUUUCUAUAUCUAUGUAAUGAGUUUGUUGUAACUUGCUAUUCAUCAAGUUUGGCAGACAAUUUGUAUUAAUAGUUGAAUAAGUGAAGAUAAUUAGUAUUUGUAAUAGAAUCUAAUGCUUCGGGGGUCUAUGUCAAUGUAACGUGCAUUAAUAAGGAAAGUAUCUGAAGCCUAAAAUAAAAGGAGCUGGUGGGACU